AUGGCUGAACAUAACAUGCAGAUUUCACUCUCAAGCUCCUCAGACGAGUCCUCAGACCAAGAAACACCAUUCACCACCGCCAUGAACCCAACAACCGACACAGGUGGUUCAUCUCACCAACAAACAUCAACUGAUUCACCACAACCCUACAGAAAGCCACGUGGCAGACCACCAGGUUCCAAAAACAAACCUAAACCACCUGUUGUAAUAACACAAGACAAUGAACAAGCCAUGAAACCUGCAAUCAUUGAAGUAGCUGCUGGUACUGAUGUUCUUGAAGCUGUUAUCCAGUUUGCUGUUCGUCUUGGUUCAUGUAUCACCAUUCUUAGCGGUUCUGGUACUAUUGCUGUUGCUACACUCCAUUACCCUGUUUGUCAAUCUCCUGCUUUCACUCUUCAUGGACCUUUUUCUUUGUUGACUUUGACUGGUACUUUUUUCUUCCCACCAUCUCCACCACCACCUCCUCCUCCUCCUCUUCCUAUUUCUCUCCCUAUUGCUUCAUCUUCUUCACCAAACCCUAACCCUAACCAGUUAGAACCAUCACCACCAUCUUCUACUUUUGGUAUCACUCUUGCUGGUAUUCAGGGACAAAUCUUUGGUGGCAUAAUUGGUGGUAAAGUUAUAGCUGGUGGUGAUGGUGUUAAGAUUGUUGCUUCUUUGUUUAAAAAUCCUGAACUUCAUAGGGCUACUGGUAUUCUCUUGGAACCGGAUGAUGAUGAUGUUGUCAAUGAUGAUGAUAACGGCGGUGAUGGUGAUCCUGGUGCUGCUGCUGACAAUGUGUCUGGUUUCAAUAUUCCUAAUCCAAUGACUAUGCAUCCUCCACUACAUUCUGAUCCAAACUUCAUGCCAUGGAAUCACCCUUCUCACCCUCGUCCUCCUAAUUUCUGA